AUGUGUCAGGUGACACAUAGAAUAAGUUCUCUUACAGCCUCCACCAUGCAGUUGAUUACACUGCACAACCGAAGUUGGGUUUCAGAGUUCAUCCUGCUUGGCUUCUCCAGUGACCCCAUGACCAACAGCAUCCUCUUCCUUGUCUUCCUUCUCAUGUACCUGAGCUCAGUCCUGGGCAACGGGCUCAUCAUCAUGCUGGUCUGUCUGGACACACAGCUGCACACGCCCAUGUACUUCUUCCUCUGUACCCUCUCCCUGUUGGAUAUGAGCUAUGUCACCACCACCGUGCCCCAGAUGUUGGUGCAUCUUCUUGCUCACUCUCGGACCAUUUCCUUUGCUGGCUGCUGGCUGCAGAUGUAUGUGUUUGGUGCCGUGGGUAUAACUGAGUGCACCUUCUUUGUUGUCAUGGCUUAUGACCGGUAUGUGGCCAUUUGCUAUCCACUGCGCUAUACUGUCAUCCUCAGCUGGGGCCUGUGCAUACGGUUAGCAUCAGGGUCUUGGAUCUGUGGUUUCUCUUCCUCUUUAUUGCAUACUUUCUUCACCAUGAGUCUGCCAUAUUGUGGGCCCAAAAGGGUCAACCACUACUUGUGCGAAGGUCCUUCAGUUCGUAGCCUGGCUUGCAUGGAUACCCACCUCAUUGAGAUGGUGGACCUGGUAUUGAGUGUUUUUAUGAUUAUCACUCCAAUCUCCCUCAUUGUGGCCUCCUACAUUCACAUUGCCAAGGCAAUUCUGAAGAUCAAGUCCACCCAGGGCCGCUGCAAGGCUUUCUCUACCUGUGCCUCCCACCUGACUGUGGUUACACUCUUCUACAUUCCUGCUACUUACAUCUACAUGAGGCCUAACUCCAGCUACUCUCCUGAGCAAGACAAGCAGAUCUCACUCUUUUACAAUGCUUUCACACCCUUGCUCAACCCUGUGGUCUACAGUCUGAGAAACAAGGACAUUAAAAGGGCAUUUCUUAAGGUGAUGGUUUAUGGCAGGUGGACUUGUGGACCAGGAUGGUGA